AUGAAGCUGUCUCUCCAUCUCGGUGCUUCACAGCUCACCUUCCUCUCCCUCACCCUCCUCUUCCCCAUCCCACCGACCGCCACCACGCACCGCCAGCCAGUCCCUGCCCUUCAGGCCACGGCGGACAGACGAGACCUGGAGUCGACGCUGCAGCACCUCUACUCUGCCCUGAAGGAUCCGGGGGAAACCAAACCUCUGCCAGAGAGGAAUCAGGACCAGGAGAAGGAGAGGGACGAGCCCUGGGCGGAGGAGAUGCUGCUGAGGGCGCAGAGGAGAGACCUCAUGGACCUGGCGGAGUCUCUGUUUCCCGGGGAUAACUCUGUGGAGAGCAUGCACUAUCCGGGAGGAGAAGAAGGGCUGAAGAGAAACGACGCUCUCACCUCCUUUGCUGGAGGCCUCCAAGCUGUCAGCCGUGAGAAAGGAGGAUUUGGCUUCCGAUUUGGGAGAAAAAGGUGGACAAAAAGGGGAUGGAGGGACGGAGAAGAGGGUAGUGACGACAGCAAAUGAGAGCGACAGGAAGGGGCGUUUUGUCGGGGUUAGAGCAGGAACUGGCAGGAGGAAAUGAGGGUGAAACUUUAAGAUGAUAAAGGAAAAGUUGCCUGAUGCUUUGCUGCCUGUUCAAGUAAGAAACAAUCAAAUAUGUUAUGUUCAAACAACACAAUCUCAAUAUAUUCAAAGUUUAAAAUAACUUUACACAAAGCAAACAGCAACCACAACACCAGUAAUCUACAGUACACAUAACAUGCAAAGUUAUACAUUCAAUUUUUACCUUUUUUUCCUGAUAUAUAUUAAGUUUUCAUGUUUUUUUCUAAACUUUGCCAUGAGGUUGGACUGAACAUGCACAUGCAUUAAUUAAACCAUGCACAACAAUGAAAUUAUGACGGAAAGGAAAAGGUUUUCUCUGGGCUUAAUUCCUGUGCCCCUGAUUACCAGAAGAGAGACACAUUUAUUUUGAAUGCAGAGAAAGCAAAUAAAAAGACGUGGCAUGAUCAGCCAGCUUCGAAUUAUACAGGAAAAUGUACUAAAGUAAAUGUACGUAUGAGUGUCACCUCCAAAGUCAGUGUGAUAGGAUGUGUACAUAACGGCAGGAGGCAUUUGCAACUGUGCUGUUUUUCUGA